AAAAACUAAAUUCGGAAAAUGGUCAAUGUUACAGAAGAAAUGACCAGUGCUAGUGACCAUUCCGCACUACAGGUCAGCGGUUAUAGGUUGGUCCACGGUUACAUCGGUGGGACACUCUGUUUUAUUGGAGUCGUAUUCAACGUCUUCAACGUCAUCGUUUGGUCCAGGAAAAACAUGCGGACUUCGACAAAUCUCUUAUUGACAACCCUUUCAGUUGCAGAUGGAAUAUCCGUUUUUAUGUACUUGCUUUAUGUUACAUAUUACUUUACAGCAACUGGACCCAGUGAACUCAUCUACCAUUCCAAAUCUGGAAUGUAUUUAGUAGUCAUCUGCUUUCAUGAAUUUAUUGCUUUUCACACAUUCUCCAACUGGAUUACCAUUUCCCUCGCUAUAUUUCGCUACAUUAAGGUGUGUCAUCCAAACCUGGGAAAGAACAUUUGUACCAAGAAGAGAGCACGCUUAACGAUCUGCAUCGUGUUCACUGCAACUAACCUAGCCACCAUUCCCUUCUACUUGUACUAUGAAGUAUAUGAUCUGAUGGAGGACAAUAAGAAUUUCACCGGAUAUUGGAUUCGCAAAACGACUUUCGCGGUGACCCACGUCCAAUAUCAGACGACUUUGGCAUGGUUGUAUGGAGUUAUUUUUAAAGUCUUACCAUGUUUUGCCAUGAUUGUUCUUUGUGUAUUGAUAGGUAAAAAGCUACGUCAAGCUGAUAAACGGAGAGUCAAUAUAUCCCCAUCCAUAGCUGCCGAAAACCGCAUUUCUAGCGGAUACUACAGAACAACAGUGAUGUUGAUGAUAAUUGUUUUGAUUUACGUGUUAACGGAGCUUCCGAUUGGAAUUGUUUCAUUUAUAUCGGGAUUAGAAUACUCCGAAAGUCAUUUCUUUUACUUCCUUUUGUAUUCUUAUGUUGGAGAUUUACUAGAUACUCUUACAGUUAUUAAUGGCACUGUAAACCUAGUCGUUUAUGUUACACUAAGUAGGCAAUACCGUAAUGAAUUCAAGAGAAGCAUAUUGGGGAAACUCUUCAAGAAAUUUAGAGCGAAAGAAGAUUCUGGAAUUGGCAACACUGAAAAUACCAAUGAUCUUGAACUUUCUAAAUCUCACAAUACUCUUUCCCGUGAUCAAAAUUCCAGGGAAAAGUUAAACAGCAUUGAAAUGACAGAGACUGAACAUUCUCAAUAUUCAAGAAGAAAUUGUGACUUUCACAGCACCUUUGUAACCGUCAUCAGAGAAGUAAUUAUGAAGAACAUUUCGCUCUCUGAGCAUGUGCCUCAACCGGUCGUGGGAUAUCGUCUGAUACACGGUUAUGUCAGUGGAACCAUCUGUUUUGUGGGUAUAAUUUUGAAUAUUCUAAAUGGAUUUGUUUGGUCGAGAAAAAACAUGAGGACAUCCACCAACCUUCUACUGACUGUUCUAGCUUUUACAGAUGGUAUGUCACUAUUUCUCUACCUUGUGUAUGUGACAUAUUUUUUCACGGCCACAGGACCGAGUGAAUUGAUUCACCAUUCCAAAGGCUGGAUGUACAUCGUUGUUAUAUGCUUUCACGAGUUCAUCGCUUUUCAUACAGUCUCGAAUUGGUUGACUAUAUCAUUGGCCAUCUUUCGUUACUUGAAAGUCUGCCAACCCAACAUCGCCAAAAAGUUCUGCAAUCGUGCCAGAGCUAAAUUGACUGUUAUAAUAGUUUUCAUUGUAACAACAUUAGCCACAAUUCCUUUUUACUUGUAUUACGAAGUAUACGAUUCCUCCGAGGACAAUGCAAAUCUCACUGGAUACUGGAUUCGAAAAACAAUGUUCGCCAGACACCAUGUGGACUAUCAAACAACAUUGCUUUGGCUGUAUGGUGUGAUUUUUAAAGUAGUACCGAGCAUGGCCAUGAUCGUUCUCAGUGCCUUACUGAUUAAAGAGCUUCGUGCUGCGAUGAAACGGAAAGACCACCUUAAGAAUCCCAGCCAGAAAGACCAUGCAAACAUAACCAGUGGAUACACAAGAACAUCUAUCAUGCUUGUGGUUAUUGUUUUGAUUUACAUUUUGAUGGAAUUGCCAGUGGGAAUAAUGGCGUUUCUUUCCGGAAUCGAGGGAGGCGAAAGCCAUUUCUUUUAUUUUCUUUUAUAUUCCUACGUAGGCGACAUCAUAGACAUGACGGUUCUUCUCAAUGCUACGUUGAAUUUUUUCGUCUAUUUCUGUAUAAGUAGACAGUAUCGUUCAGUGUUGAAGGCUCUCACCCUUAAAAAGAUGGCCAAAAUUUACGAGGUCAGUAGCGACCAUCAUGGCGAGCAAACAGCGUCAUCACACGAUAACACCAAUCGUAUGGAGCUCUCCACUUCCGCUGCUGAGAGUUCUCAUCCGAAAUUACGUUUAUGGAACUCCAUUAAAAAAAGCUUCCGAAGGUGAUGAGUCAAUACAUCCUUAAGGAGAGGGGUCGGCUACCCUUAACAUUUUAUCAUACUUACUGAGACGAUACGAAUGAUAGAAAACAAAGACUUCGAAGAUUUCUUUUGCUAGGAAAGAAACUAUAAUCUGUGAACCAGGGGUGUAAUUCGUUCAUGCAAGGAAAAUCGUUGUUGAUAUAAAAAUGAUAUUUGUUUUAGAAUAUUUUUUCCCUUUUGUGUACAUCAUGUGUUGUAUUAUUUCAUAUAAAUGCCAUGUCAGUUAAGUUGUAUCAACAUUGAUGUACAUGUAUUUUAAAACAAAUGUUCAUAUAA